AUGAGAGGAUUUGGAGGUCGCGGUGGCGAUAGAGGUGGCUUCAGAGGAGGCAGAGGAGGAGACAGAGGUGGUUUCAGAGGUGGCCGUGGAGGCGGUGACAGAGGCGGUUUCAGAGGAGGCCGUGGAGGCGGCGAUAGAGGUGGUCGCGGUGGCUUCAGAGGAGGCAGAGGUGGUAAUGGCUUCAAGGGAGGCAGACCAGGUCUCGGAGGUGGAGCUAGAGUCAUUGUUGAACCCCAUGAGAGAUUCGGAGGAGUGUUCAUCUUGAGAGGAAAAGAUGACGCCCUACUUUCCAAGAAUCUAGUGCCAGGCGAGAGCGUCUACAACGAGAAGAGAGUUUCAGUUGACAACAAGGAAUCUGGAGAAAAGGUCGAGUAUAGAGUAUGGAACCCAUUCAGAUCCAAGUUGGCUUCAGCCAUCGUUGGAGGUAUCGAAAAUAUCUACAUGAAACCAGGCAGCAAGGUGCUCUAUUUGGGAGCAGCCUCAGGUACUACUGUAUCUCACGUUGCUGAUCUAGUUGGACCAGAGGGAGCUGUAUACGCAGUUGAAUUCUCUAAGAGAAGUGGAAGAGAUCUUGUUAACAUGGCCAAGAAGAGAACCAAUGUCAUUCCCAUCAUUGAAGAUGCUCGUCACCCUCAGAAAUACAGAAUGCUCGUUCCAAUGGUCGACGUCAUCUUCGCUGAUGUCGCCCAGCCAGAUCAAGCUAGAAUCUUAGGACUCAACGCUGCUAUGUUCGUUAAGAAUAGAGGUCACUUCGUUAUUUCUAUCAAGGCCAGUUGUGUUGACUCAACCAAGGCUCCAGAGAUAGUCUACGCUCAGGAAAUCGAAAGACUAAAGGAAGAGAAAUUCAGACCAGUCGAGAGAAUCUCUCUUGAACCAUAUGAACGUGAUCACAUCGUCGUUUCAGGUGUGUACAGACCUGCCCCAGAGGAUUUCCCCUCAGACAAUAUCAAGUGA